AUGGUGAGGAAGAAGAAUCCCCCUAUCAGGAGUGUGGGAGGAGAGGAGGAAGAGGAGGAGGAGGGGAAGAGAAAAGCGACUGGAGAUGAGGAGGAAGAGGGAGACGACGAGGGCCGGGUGGGAGCAGAGGCUGACCGCAUUUCCCACAAUCCAUCGGAACCGGAAUCCAGGACCAACGACGAGGACGAGGACCGGGACAGCGAGUGCGUGUCUUCCUCCGUGUCGCCGUCGUCCGUGGGUUACGACGAGCGGCGAUCCACGGGCGCCAGAUCCAAAGCCAGAUCCGCGGACCGGGGUGAGACAGACGCCCGGCAGGAGGUAGCAGGAGUCCUGGUGGGGGAGGAGGUGAUGAGAGACACGCCCCCUCUGUCCGGCAGUCCUUCCCCCAAACUCCAGGACUUCAAAUGCAACGUGUGUGGCUACGGUUACUAUGGGAACGACCCUGCCGACCUGGUGAAGCACUUCAGGAAGUACCACCUGGGUCUGCACAACCGCACCAGACAGGACGCGGCUUUGGACUCGCACAUCCUCGCCCUGCACAACAUGGCGCCCCACACGCUACAAGACAUCCAGGGAGGACCGGGGCAGAAGAACCAAGCCAAAGAUUUAGGGAAGAUCCGACAAGAGCUCCUCCACCAGCAGCACAGGACGGUGUUGUUGAACGGCACUUACGACGUCCAGGUGACGCUCAGUGGCACGCUGAUCGGGAUUGGCCGGAAGACGUCCGAUUGCCAGGGCAACACAAAGUACUUUCGCUGCAAGUUCUGCAACUUCACAUACAUGGGCAGCAACUCUAUUGAACUGGAACAGCACUUCCUCUCCUCGCAUCCAAAUAAGGUCAAAACCCCGCCCACAACCCCCUUAUCGCCGAAUAACAACACGGCAGCUCACGGCGGAGUGGCGAAGGGGCGGGGCCAGAUCAUGGAGGGGGCGGAGCGAGUGGCUGUGAGAUCAGAUGAUGAUUCGUUAGUGGGAUACUCGGUCCCGGUGACGGCGUGCGGCGACUCUCCGGGCCGGGGCGGAGGUGGGCCAGCCUAUUAUUGGUGUAAGUUUUGCAGCUGGAGUUGUGAGUGGGCGGGCGGCUCGGGAAAGCUGUUGGAGCAUUAUGAGCAAAGACACAAGAACUGUAGCCCCGCUGGGACGGAGCGAGAGAGGAGGAGGGAAGCAGAACAUGUGGCAUCCAAAACUCGCAAAGACGGGUCAUCUAAUCCAACCAGCACCAGCCAAGACCCAAACAGCAGUGACCCUGACGCCGUGGUAACCAGCUACAACUGUCAGCUGUGCGACUUCCGGUACUCGAUGGCCCACAGCGCGGACGUGAUCGUGGUCGCCCCUUUACUGCUCCACUACCAGCACAACCACUCCAUCCACCGCUGCUGCAUCCAACACUGCAUGUACUGUCCACAGGGCCUGUGUCAGCCGCAAAAACACAUCGGGGAGGUGUCCCAUCCUUUUGCUUGCCGGAAGCCCACCUGCUCUAAAUGCUGCUCUAAGUUCCCCCAGUCCGACAACCCCCAGGACACUGCCACUUCACCGAGCCUGACCCCUCCUAACCCUCGCAGCGACCCCACUAACACAGCACAUCCCAUGGUCACGCAAGGUGUGACCCACUUGUGUGACCAGUGCGCGUUCGCCACGGCCGACAUUGACGUGCUGCUGCAACACUACGAGAGCUGCCAUACGGUCACCAGCCUGAAGGGGGCGUCACCUCACGUCAAAGCAGAGGAGGAGGUGGGGGGGGCAGAGAAGGCGGGAGGCAGCGCGGCAGAGAGGGAGUUCUCCUGCACAAAAUGUCACUUCAUCACAGAGGUGGAGGAGGAGAUCUUCAGACACUACAGACGUGUCCACGCUUGUUGCCGUUGCCGCCGCUGCGACUUCACCGCCCCCGACUCCGGCGCCCUGCUCGACCAUUUCAACUCCGCCCACUGCCACGACUCCGUCCGAUCGCUAAACUCCUCCCCCUUGGCUUCCUCGCUCACGCCUUCCCUGACUCUCUCGACCAACGGCUGCUCAGCUCCCUCUACGUUAGCCAUCAAAGAGGAAAGCAAAGGCGACAUCCGGCUGCUUUACUCGCUAGCGCCUCCGGAGGGAAGACUGGCAGAGGCGGGCAGAGAUGAGAAAAGUGACAGCGGCGAGGAGAGGGAGAAAGGAUGGGUGAUCGCGGACACGAGGGGGGAUAGAGGAGGGGAGCAGGCACACGGUUUGCUCUGGGUGCCCAAGGAGCGAAUAGGGCCUGAGACCGGACCCGAAAGUGGAAGUCCUUCUCUCUUUCCCACCAACCUGUCCUUCUCAUUUGUCUCACCCAAUCACGAAUCCCCACAGUCAAAAAGAGGCUCUCCCAGUAUGGUGUAUCUUAGUGACACCAAGGCGUUCAUGGGAGAUGCUAAGGCCUUUUUGAACGAAGCCAAACUGUACGGAGGUGGAAGGUCUGGGGCGGGUGGAGUCGCAGGGGAGAAGCAGUUUGCGACGGCGGCUGGAGGCGGGGUGACCGGAGGAGGUGGGACCGGAGCGAGUGGCGGACAGGAGGGCAAGGGAGCAGCCAAAGAGGAGUCCCAGUCCCUGCUACGGUAUUUGGCUCGAUUCUAUAAUGCAAAACCCGCCUGUUGUCAUGACACCCGGGACGCAAACACAGACACCGGCCACCUGUCAGCAAGCCAUCACCCGCAGCCGCCUUGA